GAAAAAGAGGCUGUGAGUUAGCGCGCAGGCGCAGAGGCGCGCGCGCGCCGACCUUAAAAGCCCCCAAACUUUCCGGAAGCACACCCUCCCCCACUGUUUGAGCCUAGUGCGCUUGCUCAGCGGAUGCGCGGGUCACCAGCUUCCCUCUUCUGCGCCUGCGCGACCGUGGUUCUUCACUUCGUCUCCCCCCCCACCCCCCAAACGAGGCUGACCCGUGAAGCCCCGCGAGCUCUGGGAAAGGGCGGGAAAGGCGGUUGGAGAGGGAGGGGCGAGCGGUUACUUACUCCAUGGCUGCGAAAAGGAAAGGAGGCGACGGCGGCGGCGGCCUCAGCUGAAGAGACGGUGUGAGCGGAGAGUGAAGGCGCGAAACCUCCCCAAGGUUGCAGACGCUGACGGAUUUGCCCCAGAGUCGAAGUAGCUGCCACCUGGAGAUUCCACAGCCAUGAGUGGGUUUAACUUUGGAGGCACCGGGGCUCCUGCUGGUGGUUUUACAUUUGGGACCGCAAAGACUGCGACCACCACGCCUGCCACUGGCUUUUCCUUCUCUGCUUCUGGCACCGGCACCGGAGGGUUUAAUUUUGGGACUCCCUCCCAGCCAGCUGCGACCACCCCUUCCACCAGCCUCUUCUCACUCACCACACAGACCCCAACCACACAGACCCCAGGAUUCAACUUUGGAACAACGCCUGCUUCUGGAGGAGCGGGCUUCUCCCUGGGGAUCAACACCCCAAAGCUCAGCCUGAGUAACACAGCUGCCACACCAGCCACAGCCAACACUGGCAGCUUUGGGCUUGGCAGCAGCACCCUCACCAACGCCAUCUCAAGUGCCAGCACCUCCAGCCAGGGGCCAGCCCCCACUGGCUUUGUCUUUGGCUCUUCUACCACCUCUGCGCCAUCCACUGGCUCCACGGGGUUCUCAUUCACCAGUGGCAAUGCAUCCCAGCCCGGAGUCUCUGGCUUCAGCAUUGGCUCUGUGGGUAGCUCAGCCCAGCCCACAGCACUGUCUGGCUCUCCCUUCACUCCAGCCACUCUGGUGACCACUACAGCAGGAGCGACACAGCCAGCUGCUGCUGCACCCACUGCUGCCACCACCAGUGCAGGGUCUACACUCUUUGCUUCCAUAGCUGCUGCUCCUGCCUCAUCCAGUGCUACAGUGCUCUCCCUCUCAGCUCCGGUGACAACUGCAGCCACUCCUAGUUCUGGGACUUUGGGCUUCAGCCUCAAGGCCCCUGGAGCAGCUCCUGGCGCUUCCACCACCAGCACCACCACCACCACCACCACCACUACUACCACUGCCGCCGCCUCUACCACGACCACUGGCUUUGCCUUGAGCCUGAAACCCCUGGUGCCAGCUGGCCCCAGCACUGUGGCAGCUACUGCUCUGCCUGCCUCCAGCACGGUGGCUGGGACUACCCCAGGGCCAGCCAUGACCUAUGCACAGCUGGAGAGCCUGAUCAACAAGUGGAGCCUGGAGCUGGAGGACCAGGAGCGGCACUUCCUGCAGCAGGCCACACAGGUCAAUGCCUGGGACCGCACGCUGAUUGAGAAUGGGGAGAAGAUCACCAGCCUGCACCGAGAGGUGGAAAAGGUGAAGUUGGAUCAGAAGCGUUUGGACCAGGAGCUAGACUUUAUCCUGUCACAGCAGAAGGAGCUGGAAGACCUUCUGAGCCCGUUGGAGGAGUCAGUGAAGGAGCAAAGUGGCACCAUCUACCUUCAGCACGCUGAUGAGGAGCGUGAGAAGACCUACAAGCUGGCUGAGAACAUUGAUGCUCAGCUCAAGCGCAUGGCACAGGACCUCAAAGACAUAAUCGAGCACCUGAACAUGGCUGGUGGCCCUGCCGACACCAGUGACCCGCUGCAACAGAUCUGCAAGAUCCUCAAUGCACACAUGGACUCUCUUCAGUGGGUGGACCAGAGCUCUGCCCUGCUGCAGAGGAGGGUGGAGGAGGCCAGCCGUGUGUGUGAGGGCCGGCGCAAGGAACAGGAGCGCAGCCUGCGCAUUGCCUUUGACUAGCCACACAUGAAUGGGGGGGAGGGGCUCUUGGGUUUCAGGGCUGCUGGCUUUCCCGGUGGUUGUGUUGUUGAGAAAAAUGUUCUUUGGUUUGAUUCCCUGUUUUCAGAAGUGUUUUGCAAAGGCAUGAUGUUCAUGGCUAUAGCCUGUGUGCUCUGGAGACAGGGGAAGGUCAUUGCUCUGGGCCAGCAUUUAAAGAACAAGGGCAAGUGGUGAGUCCAGUGCUCCCUUGUACCAUCAGCUCUCUUGUUGGCCGCACUCCUCCUUCAGCCACUCCAGUAUGACUUGUGACCGUGGGAUAGGGUGCUCCAGAGGAGAUGCUGGCCGAGACACUCGCCUGGGAUGGAGACAUGGCUUCUGUGCUUCUCAACACCUGUCUAACCCCUGGCCUCCAGAGCCUCUGCCACACAAAGCAGAGUUACCAAGGCACACUGAGCUUCUAACACUGUAGCAAUGGCUACCUCUCACCCAUAUCUCGUGAGCUUCUGUUGCAGGAACUGACUGCUGAUAUGUCUUCGAUGCCAAAGUGGCUACAGACUUGUUUCUGAAUAUCCCAGUGUCAAACCUAUGUCAGAUCCACAGUUUUGAAGACCAGCAGUCUUGUCUGGUCUAUUUUAUUUCUCUGCACUCUACUGUAGCCUCGGUGGUCCCUGAUCGAAAUGUUGCUUUUCUAAAUAAAGAGAAAUUUGUGAAAGGAGA